GCUAUUUUGCUAACAGCAAACCGAAGGCCCCAAGCAUCCCGAAGCUCACUCUCUCGGUCUCUCCCAAGAAGCACAGAUUCACUCACUCUCGCGCCUCCAUCUCACUCGCCGCAGUUCCGCACGGUCACUCGUCGAUCCUCUCGCCGGCUACUCUGCCUCGUCCCCGAGCCGCCAGUGUCUGCGCCUCUUCCUUCUCCGUCUGUGUUUUCCCAGCCGCCUUGUCUCCGCCGUGCCUUGCCUGUCUCUGCCUCCGCUUCCACCUCGUGCCUCGUCUGCCUCUGCUUCCUCCGUCGUCAUCGUGUUGGCUCCUCUGCAGGCUCUGCUCUGCUCCUCUUCGAAGCUCUGCUAUCUCUCGCCGGCGGCCUGCUCUGCAACGGUCCCAAGUUGGAAAACCGUUCCUGACUCUGUUUCUGACUUUCUGCUUCUGCUGUGUAGUGUAGAAGGAGAAAAAGGAAAAAAAAAAAUUCUAUUCACUCUCUCAUAUCGAGUUGCAAUGCCUCAAACAGAGGCUGAGAAAUCGCGGCGAGAACGGAGGAAAGAAUCCCGUUUGGCAAAGAAUGCAUCCAAACACCAAUCAUGGCUUCACCACCAGAAAUCUCGAGCUAUCAAAAGAAGUAAAGAUGAUUUGGAUAGGAAAACUAAGACAAACUUGGAGCAACCAGUUAGUACUAGUUUGGAGGAAAAAGAGGGUUUAGGGUUUGAUUCGGAUUCUGAGAAACAUGUGACAGCUGAAGAGAGUGUUGUAUCAGUGGCAAUUUGUGGCUCUGAUACUAAGAAAAUGAAGAAGUUGAAGAAGGGUUCUAAAGGAAGUUCCAGGAAGAAGAGUGGCAAAGAGUUUUUUGGGCUGGAUGCUGAUAUAGCUGCGGAGAAGGAUCUUGAGUUGGAAAGGAAGCUUUCCAAGAAGCUUAAGGUGAAGGAAGGGAAAUUGAGGGGUUUGGAUGAUGGGCUGAACAUAUUGCUCGAAGGAAUGUUGCCUGCUAUGGAUUUAUUUGGAGAAGAGGAUACUCAUGGUGCUAGUGAAUUGCCGAAGAAAAGGUUGAAGAGCUUGUUGAGUAAGAAGCAUAAGGAGGAAAUAUUGCCAAAUGAAGGGAUGGAAGCAGAGACAAUAGAUGGAGUGUUUGAGCUCAUGAGAACAUCUGAUCAAGAUGGAGCAUUAGGAGAUGUUGCUGAUUGUGGAACUGUGAGGAAGAAGCAUAAGAAGAGAAAGUUGUUGAGACAAGAGCAAGAAGAUAAUGUGGUGGAUGAUGAUUUGUGCAUAUCGAAUACUGUAGAAUCCGUGGCAAUGGAGGUGGCAUCAGAGAAUGUUUCUGCUGAAGUUCCAGCAAAGAAAGAAAAGGGAAAAUAUAUUGCACCUCACUUGAGAGCUCGUGCUGGAAAUGAACCUGAAGAGCAUACUCAGAUACGAAGACGUAUACGAGGACUUCUUAAUAGGCUUUCUGAAUCUAAUGUUGAAUCAAUUACCGGAGAAUUGUCAACAAUCUUUCAGUCUGUUGCACGUAGUGUAGCUUCACACAUUAUGAUUGAGGAGGCUUUGGCAUCAUGCUCAGGUGGGCCACGGGGCAAUGAACAGUAUGCUGCUGUUUUUGCUGCAUUUGUUGCAGGGAUGGCCUGUUUAGUUGGUGUUGACUUCAGUGCAAAGUUUAUGGCAUCCUUUGCCAAAUGCUUUGAGGAUGAGUACCUUAAAGAGGACAAUCUCUCUCUGCGGAAUCUUACACUUCUCUUAUCCUAUUUAUGCAUAUUUGGGGUCUGUUCUAGUGAUUUAAUAUAUGACUUUCUAGUCAUGUUGAGCAAGCGAUUGACCGAGAUAGAUGUCUCUAUCAUAUUGGCAGUCCUACAGUGUUGUGGAAUGAAAAUUAGGGCUGAUGAUCCGAUUUCCAUGAAAAAUUUUAUUGUUAGUGUUCAGAAGACGACAAAUGACCUGAAGGCUUCCUCCAGAGAUAAUCAUGAAAAGAGAAAUAGUAAAAGAAUGGAGUUCAUGCUUGAAACCAUAUGUGACAUCAAGAACAACAAGAAAAGACAAAAGGAGGACCCUGCACACCACACUCGGAUUAAGAAGUGGUUGCAGAAGGUUGUUUAUAAACUUUGUGUUCUUUCAAUUAUGAGACCCUCCAUGUUGACGUAUCAUGUUGACGUAUCUAUUUUCUUAAUGCUACAGGACAGAGAUAUAAUGCGGGUUCUUCUCGAGUGUUGCUUGCAAGAGAAAGUUUUUAACAAGUAUUAUACGGUGCUGGCGACGAAGUUGUGCGAGCAUGACAAAAAUCACAAGUUUACCCUGCAGUUUUGCAUUUGGGACCACUUUAAGGAACUUGAUUCAAUGCAGCUUAUGAGGUCAAUGCACCUUGCCAAAUUUGUGGCUGAAAUGGUUUCCUCUUUCACCCUCUCCCUUGCAGUGUUGAAGACUGUGGAGCUCAGUGAUCUCAACCUGUUAUCCCCCAGAAGAGUUAUGCAUUUCCGCAUGCUGUUUGAGGCCAUCUUCGAGUACCCCGAUAGCACCGUCUGGAAUGUAUUCACACGUGUGGCCGUGGCCCCUGAACUCGAGGGUCUUCGACAAGGCAUUGAAUUCUUCGGUAAAGAGUACAUUGUCAAAUCCAACAAAGAUCUAAAUCAGAAGUUUAAGUUGGUAAAAAGAGCCCUUAAUAAUGUGGAAGGAGUUUUGAUGUGAAUGAAGUGUUGAAUUAUAUUCCCAAUUUUGUAGUCAUGCUAAUUUUAUUUAAAUAAUUCUUACAUAUCCUUCUAAAUCGACAUGUUCUGGUCUUCCCGGAACCGGAGGUAAAACUAUAUAACAGAUUUCGUCAAGCAUUACUAUUAAAAUCCUAUUACUAAGCUUGAAAAUUUU